UGCAUUCACGUUGGAUACACAAGUAUUAUCUGUCAAAAGAAGUGAUCAUCGACUAACGGAAAACGAAACGAUUAUUGUAAGUUUUCCGGUAUUAAUCGUAUGUACUGGAUCAAUUCCAGAGAUAAAUAUCAAUGCGUAGACUAUUUCUAUGUGAUUAUUAAGUGUUUAUUACCGCCGCGCGUUGAAAUGGCCGGAACGAGCGAACGUCAUCAAUAUCACAACAAUGACACCAGCAGUGACACGGAAGACUACAAUGACGAGCGCAGAAGAAGGGUGUUUAAGAACCGCUUGAGUUAUGGAUCGUGUUCGAAGCCCAAACCGUGCCUUGUCCAACGAUCAUCGUCCCUAACGGAAUCACGCUGCCAUUCGAUACCGACGCCUAAACAUAAUGCACCCCGCAAUAGGUCUCGGACAUCAGCCGUCCAUAUUGGCCCACCCAAAAAUCAACAACCGUGUUCACCAAGCGCUAACAACGUUGGCCCGCCUUCAAGUGAAGAUCGUGUUACUUUAAUAGUAGAUAACACAAGAUUUGUAGUGGAUCCAGCUAUAUUUACGGCCCAUCCAAACACAAUGCUUGGAAGGAUGUUUAGUUCAGGAAUCGAGUAUACACAUACAAACGAACGUGGUGAAUAUGAAGUCGCCGAUGGAAUUUCCGCGAUGGUUUUUAGAGCUAUUUUGGAAUACUAUAAAGGAGGAAUGAUUAAGUGUCCGCCAACGGUUUCCGUACAAGAAUUAAGAGAGGCUUGUGAUUAUUUAUUGGUACCAUUUGAUGCUCAAACUGUUCGAUGUUUAAACUUAAGAGGUUUACUUCACGAGUUAUCAAACGAUGGUGCGCGUUGUCAAUUCGAAGUAUUUCUCGAAGAAUUAAUUUUGCCGUUGAUGGUGAAUUCCGCGCAACGUGGUGAUCGCGAAUGUCACGUUGUGGUUCUUUUGGAUGAUGACACUGUUGAUUGGGAUGAAGAGUAUCCCCCUCAAAUGGGGGAGGAAUACAGUCAGACCGUAAACAGCACUGCCAUGUAUAGAUUUUUUAAGUAUAUUGAAAAUCGCGAUGUCGCCAAACAAGUUUUAAAAGAUCGCGAUUUAAAGAAGAUUCGACUUGGGAUUGAAGGUUAUCCCACUUACAAAGAGAAAGUUAAAAAACGUCCGGGAGGACGAGCUGAAGUAAUUUAUAACUACGUCCAACGCCCAUUUAUCCAUAUGUCUUGGGAGAAAGAGGAGGCGAAAAGUCGCCACGUUGAUUUUCAAUGUGUUAAAUCGAAAAGUGUUACGAAUUUAGCCGAAGCAACUGCGGAUCCCGCAUUGGAAUUAGAUGCGCGGGGUAAUCCGAUUGUUGCGGCGACCAUUUCAGAUCCGCCUCCGAUGAAUCAUCACUUGGAGAUUUUGCCGGUUGAGAAUGAUGAAGGGGCCGUUGGUCCGCUUGAAUUAGAUGUGGUUAAUGUUCCAGCGGAUGAAAAUUAAAAUUUUUCCAGCAAUUCCGUAAGUUUAAGUUAAAACGUAGAAAGGAGGAUUUAGAUUUAUUGAGAACAGAAUAAAUUUGGAGUGAAUAAAAAAUUUUACUUUAUCAUUUUAAUUUAUUUGGAAUACUCGCACAAUGAAAAAUACGGUAAAACUCUCAGAAUAAAAAGAUUUUGAAUCUCAAUAUUAAAUAAAAUCAUUUUUUUCAAUCAAAAUAAAAUUAUAUUCGGGGUUUUACCGUAAUAAUAAUUUAGAUUUGAAAUAUCUAUGUGUAUACUUUUCGUAUAAACUCACAAUAAUCAUGUAAUAAGCUUCGAACGAUAAAAAAAAAAGUAAAAAUAUA